AUGGAUAAUAAUUUCGAACAACUUGUUACGACACUUAAUUUAUCGCCAAUAUCGGCAGAUGUCAUUCAUCAAAUAACGCAAUUGCUUCAAUUACAAACAGUUGAAACAUUAUCUGAAUUUCUUUCUCAAUCAUUUGAAGCAUUGCUUCGUUUACAUCUAUGGUCAUGGCAAUUGCUAUGUAAAGACUCACUCUCAUGGAUUUACGAUCAUUCCUAUCAACAGUUCUUCACUGCACUCACAAAGUUUGACCAACUGCUAAUUUUCAAUCUGGCCAUUGACGACAUUGAUACCAGAGUGUCACUGCUAUUUUCCCUUUCUCCCACUCAAAUUACGGAAAUUUUCAAUCGAAUCGAUCGAAGUGACGACGAUGAUGAUCCUUACCUAGACAUUAUCAGUCUCGUUCUCAAUAAUCAUUCUUAUUUUCUCUUCCAAAACCCCGAAUAUCGAGCCAUUUCAAUAGUUGAUCAGAUUGGCCAGCAUAUUCUACAUACUUAUGUCAUGAACAAACAUGCUGAAGAAACGAUGGACUAUAUCGGCAGUGAUUGCUUACAAACCAUUCGUAUACAUUGUCACCUAGUUGAAUUAUGGAGUAACAAAUUACGCAACUGUAUCGCACAUCUCAUUGCACUUCUUCUUGGACUCUGUUGGCGAGAUAAGCAAACUGACACAAUCAUAAAGAAGACUUUUCCUACUGAGCAAAUCGCAUGUGAUUUUGUCGAAGAUCUCAUAUGUAUAUUAAGAUAUACACCAUUUUACCAAGAAAUUCAACCGCGCUGUUCCAAUGAUACCACUGUUUUAUUGCAUACUUGUUUAAUGUUUUUAACGUUGAUAGUACAUAAACUAAAUAUCAAUUGGUUUUUUCGUUCGAAUCCGAAAGUACGCGAAACGAUCGCACGCAUGGCUGAAACAACACAAAAUCAAGAUCUUUGUUCAGCUGCGUAUAAUAUUCUCUGCGAAACUCUUACGGACGAUCAACUGAAACGUUUGAAAAUUGCUGAUCAUAUCAGCAGUCGUUAUUUCAAUUUACUCGAAGAAACUAUCGAUCAAUCUCAAACAACAUAUCGAAGAAUACCAGUGGAUUUCAUGCUUCGAGCUUUUCAAUGUUUAUCAAAAAAUGAUUCACUGCAACAAAAAGCUGCUAGUUUGAACAAGAUCUCGCUGUUCAUUAAUCUGUGCGAUCAAUAUCCUGUUGCAUGGGAUAUCAUUUGGACAUUUUCCUUUAACGAGGAUAUUCAAGAAAAGCUUCGUUCGAACUGUUUAUUCAUGUCAAAGCUUUCUUAUCUUGCCAAAGAAACUGGCGAUGAGCAAAUGCGCAAAAUAGUCCACGGCAUUCUUUGGAAUCUCGGAACCAAUCACAAUAAUCGUUUGUUGCCAAACAACAAUGAGGACAAAACAUUCGAUAUCAUGAUAAGUUAUUCACACAAAGAAAAAGCUCUUUGCCAUCAACUUUAUCAAGAAUUAACUAGAACAAAUUAUCGUGUGUGGAUUGACUUCGAUCAAAUGCACGGAAAUGUCAUGGAUGCCAUGGCACAAGCUAUCGAACAAUCACGUGUCGUUAUUCUCUGUAUCAGUGAACAGUAUCGAAAAAGUAAUUAUUGUCGCGCUGAAGCACAUUAUGCAUUUCAGUGUCAACGGAAAAUCAUACCCAUCCUUGUGCAAAAACACUACAAACCCGAUGGGUGGUUAUUGUUCCUCAUCGGGCAAUUGUUGUAUGUCGAUUUUACAAAACAUGAAUUUGAUCAAGCAAUGAAUAUGCUACUGAAAGAACUAUCACUAAAUGAGACGAACGAAUCAAAUAGACCAUCAACUGUUCCUUCGAAAGAGUCAACAUGCAUAGCUAAAGAUUCAGAGGAUAUCUUUGCAUGGUCAGUAACACGAGUACAACAAUGGUUGAUUGAACAUAAGUUAACGCAAAUGUCUCGUCUUUUUUGUGAUUGUGACGGUCGUAGUUUGGUGUUUUUGAGAGAUUGUGUGAAAUACGGUGAUUUUCAGUCGAUAUUCACUUCUCUCCAAGAAGAUUGCAACCGACGGUUGAAGGAGAACAUAUCACUAAUUGAACUGUCUUGUUGUCUUUCGUUGAUCAAACAACAGAAACGACUGGCACAAAUUGCUCGACUAAACAAGAAAAACAAGUGUUGA